GGGGACAAGACGAGGAAGGCAUGUUCGUGACUGAUUGCUUUGGAAUUUCGGGCAGGCCAAAUUCCGUGACUGCGACUCUCUCCAGCCAAAAGGGGUCGGUGUUAAGCCUGUAAUUCCUCUAUCAACCGUCAGUCAUGCCUAAACCUAUAGAUGUUAGUUCAGCUACAGCCCUGGAUCUGCGGGCGCAGCUAGUAAGUCAAAGGGAAUCCUUUGAUUUAGAUCGGCAAAAGGGAAAACAGAUAGCAGCUAGUGAGCGAAGACAAACCAAGAAACCAACGGUAUGGGCGAGACGGAACAAAGGAGUCGAACAACGAGCGAAAAAUGAUCAAAGGAUGGAAGAAGAAACCGGUGCCCCAACUUUAGAAGCUAGCCGAGCAGCAUUGCAGCGAAAAGCCAAGAUCUAUGAAGAGAUGAGAAAACGAAGACGAUACAAUAAUAGCGACGACGACGACGAGAACCAACUCAUUGACUUUGAAAGUAGACCGUUUUCUGACUCGGAUGGAGAAGAUGAUGAAGAAAAGAGCGACGGAGAUGAUCCCUGGGUGGAUUAUGAGGAUGAAUUUGGCCGCUCGAGAACCAUACGACAAAGCCAGGUACCUCGAUCACGACCACGAUCCCCAUCGCCCCAACUGACGAGCGAGCCCGCCUAUCCUGUAUUUACCACAGCGGACUAUGAAGCACGCAAACGCGAAGGAAGCGAGGAACGAGAAACACAACGAUACGAUGCGGAACGAGAAAUUCGAACCAAAGGUGUAGGAUUUUAUACGUUUUCAAAAGACGAAGAUGAGCGAAAGGCGCAAAUGGAAGAACUCAAGCGAUUACGAGAGCAAACAGAAACGGCUCGAGCGCAUACCAUGAGUGUAUCGGCAAAACGAAAACAAGCACUGGAACGGAACGCAGCCAAAAUCAAUGCUCGCAGAUUACUGUUACAGCAAAAAACCGCUGCUCCAGCCUCUUCUCACCCACAGAAGGCUAACAUUGAUGACGAAUCCAUUUCUUCCUUUCUCAGCAGCAUACGCAACAAGAAGUGAAAAUGGCUGUGAUACCCGCCGCCCAUCUCUCAUAGGCUUCUGUACAUACAUAAAUACUACGUUUGAGCCAGUGGGGUUUUGCACACAAAAAGAAAACCAUGUUGUGUUGAUUUUCUUUUUGUUU